AAGAAAACGAGUAGAGAAUAUAUAUAUAUACUUACUCGCCGGAAAAAUACACAUAUAUAAAUUUACGUAAGAAAUUGCCUAUAAACAAGAGAGGAGGGUCGUGAGAGGUCUAGGAAUAUUUCCCAAUAAAUUCCAGACCGAUUCGUAGUCACCGGAGCAUCCUAGAGGUCGCCGGAGUUGCAAGCCAAGGAAAUGGGUCUUCAGCAAGUGCGGAAAUUUGGCCGUAGAUAGGGGUGGCGGAGCUUCUCCUCGACGUCAGGAUCAUUUUGCAACUUGAAUCGUUUAAAUCCGUUACCUAAGGAGAAUUCAAGUGAAGAUCAAGCUAGAGAUUUUAUUAAGGAGAUUAUCGCAAUUUAAGAUAUCAUGGCACCAAGAAGAGACCCUGAUAACACGCCCACCAAUGCUGAGUUGGCACAAAGCGUUCAGCAACUGGCACAAUUUAUGCACACACUGGGUGCUACUGUGCUCCAGAACAACCAAAACCAGAACAACGGGAAUGAUGCCGCAAAACGAGUGGCAUCUCGCAACCCUCCAAGCUUUCAUGGGCAAGAAGAUCCUCGUAUCCUCGAGAAUUGGCUCCGACUCUUUGACAAACUCUUCGACGCGGUGAGCUGUCCGGAAGAGCAAAGGGUUGACAUUGCUGUUUACUAUUUACAGCAAGAGGCAGAUAACUGGUGGGUCUCAUCAGGCCCAACUUUACGUCAACAACCUGACUUCAAUUGGGAAGCUUUCAAGAUUGCCAUGAGGAAACGUUUUUAUCCUGCACACGUUCAGGCCACCAUGCGUGAUGAAUUCAUACAUUUGAAACAGAUGGGCAUGAGUGCCCAGGAAUAUCACAAUAAAUUCGUGGACCUCGCGCCAUUUGCGAAAACAAUAGUGCCUGAUGAAAGCACCAAAGUUGAGAAAUUUAUCUACGGAUUAAACUAUGAUACGCAGAAAAUCGUCGCUGUUUUGGGUUGCCAAACUCUGACUGAAGCUUAUGAUAGAGCUGCAGUUCACUAUCGAGUUCAGCAACUACAAAGAGAGAGGAACCAGAAGAUGAAGAGGGACGAAGAUGGAGGUCGAGGAGAAAAGAGGGUCAGAGUGCACCCACCUACACAGCAACAAGAAGGGAGGAGGAGGAGAGAUGACCAAGGUGGAAGAAAUUUCCACGGUCAAAACCAACAAAAUGAUCGAAGAGUUGCUCCCAGAGAUAGACACUUCUACUGCAAGAGGUGCAGGAGAGAUCAUCCUGGUGUUAAUUGCGAUGGAAGCCUGACAAAAUGUUUCAAUUGUGGGAAGCUAGGGCACCGAACCUUCGAGUGUCUCUCAAAGACCAAUGGGGCACCAGUGCACCAGGUGCAAUACCGUGAUGGAGGAAGGCCAGAUAUGAACCAAGCUGGGCCAAAUGGAGGACAAAAUAACAACAACAAUGCCGCCGCCAACAACAACCGCAACCCUCGAGGAGGAGGGGAGAAUAAUCAUGGCAAUGGCAAUGGCGGGAACAAUGGCAACGGCGGAAACAACGGCAACCGUCCGAACCAAGGGCGAAUCAUGGUGAUGAAUCAGGCCCAAGCCAAUGCUAAUGAUGUGGUUUCAGAAGGAGAAUUCAAGUGAAGAUUAAGCUAGAGAUUUUAUUAAGGAGAUUAUCGCAAUUUAAGAUGAUUAUGAUUAUGAAGAUUGAUGUACUUGCUGCCCGAGUGUUCCGCUAGUUGCACACGUUUGAUUAAUUAUUGUUGUUUAAAAUUGUAAUCCAUAAACUUGUUUUAAGUUUUAUCCGAUGGCUACUUGAAUUUAUGGUGGAUAGCCUGUGCACUCAAUCAUGUAUAGGUUGAGUGUGGCGGUGACACACCUGUUUUUCCAUUAAAGACUUCCGCUGUACUCUAAAUGUGUUUUAUAAUAAAGAUGUUUUCAUUUCAAAA